AUGGCAUCUCCAGUUAAAGUUUGUUUGGGAAUUGAUAUUGGUGGCACGAAAUUUGCAUUUACACAUACAACAGUAUCGAGUAUAAUUGAUUCUUCAUAUUUUAAAAUAUCAGAAACUAUGUCACCAUUAUCCAAUAAUAAUAAUAACAAGGAACAUAAUUAUCGAUUGUUGACCGGACAAUCUUUUAAACCUGAAGAUUUUAAUAAAAUUAUCGAUGACCAUAUUCUUAAACAAUUAAAUAAUAGCUAUGAUAAUAAUUAUAAAAUUGUUUCAAUUGGUAUAUCUAUUUGUGGACUGACAGAUGAAGAAGGUGUAAUUUCAUUAUGUGAAAUUGGAAAUUUGUCAGGUUGGAAUCCGGUGAAAUGCGUCAAAGAAAAAUUCGGGAAUGAUAUAAAAGUUAAAGUUAUCAAUGAUUCUGAUGCCGCAUUAGAAUAUGUUAGAAGAGAAUGGCCCGGUGUCAAAGAUCUAGCGAUUAUCAUUGCAGGCGAUGACAAUCAACCGUCCAUUGUAUUUGGUUCCACUGCCGGAAAAGAUGAUCCAGAAGAAGUACUUGGUUCAGUGAAAUGUGAUCCAAAUAAAAAGUCUUCGAUGAAUUUGCUUGAUUUUAAUAAAAUUAUCGAUGACCAUAUUCUUAAACAAUUAAAUAAUAGCUAUGAUAAUAAUUAUAAAAUUGUUUCAAUUGGUAUAUCUAUUUGUGGACUGACAGAUGAAGAAGGUGUAAUUUCAUUAUGUGAAAUUGGAAAUUUGUCAGGUUGGAAUCCGGUGAAAUGCGUCAAAGAAAAAUUCGGGAAUGAUAUAAAAGUUAAAGUUAUCAAUGAUUCUGAUGCCGCAUUAGAAUAUGUUAGAAGAGAAUGGCCCGGUGUCAAAGAUCUAGCGAUUAUCAUUGCAG